AUGGUCCAACAGUUCUUGGACGAAUGGCAUUUCCGAGUGCUUCAUAGUGGCCUCGCAUAUGCCUGGGAUCGACCCGAGGCACUGAUCAAGGCCAUGGACAUCUUCGAGGCCGCGGGCAUGCGAAUCACCUUGGAGGAGAAAGAGCAGCUAGCCAAUCUGGAAGAAGAUUGGAUGAUCGAAGGUUUGGUUCAGCGGAUGCCUGGCGCCAUGAAAAAGACCAUCGAACACUUCUUGCUGCAGCUGCAACUGGUGUUGUCCACUGCUACUCGUGUGCGAAAUGCCCUGGAGGAGGGAUCGCCAGACGAGAUCGCCAAGAUCAUGGAAGAUGGAGACACCGGAAUCACGCAGCAGGUCUUGAAGGAGAUCGUCACAGAAGCUGGCAGAGAGGUUGGAGAGCUACAAGGAAUCCACUAUAGCUGGGAGACCAGCAUGGCUGGUCGCAUCGCUCGGCUCAUUCGCUGCUCUGAAGAUGCUGACAAUGCUGCCAUUGAGUUAGCUCAAGUGCAGAAGAACAUCGAAGGGUACAGGCCUUGGCAGAACGCAAGGACCAUGAAAGUGGUCCACACCCUCAUCGAGCAGAGAAAGAAGAUGAUGCAGCAGGCCAUGUUCCUUGGCUGGGACUCCGUGAAUUCCAAGAGCAAGUCGGAGCAGCGGCUACAGGAGAAACUCAUGGGGGAGGUGGAUGCCAUCGAAACCAAGCUCUUCAAUUGCAAGGCAUUUCAGCUGAAAACUAUCCGAAGUGUCAUGGGUCGAAGAUCAGAGAUGGAAAAGGAGAUUCUGGUGUCCGACACACUGCUCGCUUGGAAGAAUUACGUAUACUUCGAGGGCCUGUCUCGUGAAGCCGUUGGGAAGCUUAAAGCUGCCCGCGCCAAAUUCGCAAACGCGAAAGCGGCGCAGAAGGAGAAUGCCAAGAAUAGCAUGGUGUGCCUCACGGCCAGUGUGGAUGAGGCCUUGAUGGCAUUGUGCGUGGGAGCAUGGUGCAACUGGCUUGCGGAGUACAAGAAAAACAAGCAGUUUGAAGACUCGGUAAAAGCGGCUGAAAAUAAGGUGAAAGACUACAUGCAGAGAAAGACCGAUGACGCUCGUGGCCUGCUUGAACGCAUGACAGAGGCUACUGAGCAAUACCUUGUCCACCAGGCCUUCGGCUGUUGGUCCGAAGGUGUCAAGGUGCAGACUUUCUCCAGUUUGCUUCAGCUGAUGGUGCUGCCUGAGGUGACGGAGCAGGUCCGACGCCAUUACAUGGGCAAGAUGGACAACAAAGAACAGAAGUUCGAGGCGGUCCAGACCAUGAUCAAAAGCUUCGCAAGCCAAUUGGAACAAGGCAUUGGCAAUUCUCCCAGAUCCAGGCUCGACAAGUUACGUGGAGAGCUGCAAGAACAGCAGAAGUGUCGAGAGGCCAUCCUCCCUGAUUGCACUUCCAAUGACAAGGGAAAGAGCCCGGGCAGUGGACGUCAAAGCCAGGAGCAGGUUGUCAUCCGCCACCUUCGCUCCAUGUCAAAGCAGCUGUCGAUGCAGCUUGAAGCAUCAGAGGAACGCAUUGAGGGACUGGAGAGCACCAGUGAAUUCCAUGCCAAGAACCUUGCAGAAGCAGAGGCUUCUGCCUACAAGCAUCGGGCUGCACUGGAGGAGCGGGCACAAGCUGCAGAGACGUGGGGCAAGGAGAUGGCUCGGCGUCUUCAAGAUGCGGAAGAUCGACAUCAACAGAUACAGAUUGAAAAAGAGGCCCAGUAUCGAGAAAGCCACGGCCAUAUCGCUGAGGCUCGAUCUGUCAGCUCCAAGCUCCUGCAGUCGUUGCAGCGACAGGUGGCUGACAUUCUGACCCUCGCUGGAGCUGCAGAGGUACCCCACAUCGAUCGCAACGCUUCGCCGGAGGUGUUGGUUACUCGAAGCUUUGCUGCCGUAUCGCAAGCGGUAGCCACGUUGCUACGAGAGAACACAGAGCUCCGAGCCAGCCAUGGGAUGCAAUCCCGAAGCCAUGCAAGGCGGACCAAGUUGCCCCACGGCGAGAAUUGCAGGAGUUGCGCAUCCAAAAGCAGGAAUGGGAUCUGCAGAAGCAACGCCGCAAUGGACAAGCAGAUCAGGAUGAGGUCUUCGAGUUGA